AUGAGAAGAGGAAACAUUUCUCCUGCCUUCUGGUUCCUGUGGCUGCUUCUCUUUGGACUUCUGGGACCCAGCUCUGAGAAUACCACAGACUUCACAAAAGGCUCUGACACCACCACAGCCUCCAUCACAGGCUCUGAGACCACCACGGCCUCCACCAUGGCCUCUACUAUGGCCUUAACUGCAGGCUCUAAGAUCACCACAGACUCUACCACAGGCUCUGAGACCAACACGGCCUCCACCACAGACUCAGGGACUACUAUAGCCUCCACUAGGACCUUCACCCCAGGCUCUGACACAACCACAGCCUCCACUGCAGGCUCUGAAACUAUCAUGGCCUCCACCGCAGUCUCUGAGACCACAACAUCCUCUACUAUAGCCUCUCCUACAGUCCUUGAGACUACCAUGGCCUCCAGCACAACCUCCACUGCAGGCGCUGAGACAACGAUGGCCUCCACCAUAACUUCUGAAACCACCAUGGCCUCCACCACAAGUUCUGAGACUGCCACAGUCUCUACCACAGGCUCUGAGACCACCACCACGUCCACUGCAGGCUCUGAGGCCACUAAAGUCUCUACCACAGGCUCUGAAACCACCACAGCAUCUACUGCAGGUUCUGAGACCACCUCCUCCACCUUCAUGGCAGGCUCUGAGGCCACCACAACCUCAACUGCAGACUCCAAGGUGAUCACGGCAUCCAGCAUGAGCUCUGAGACCACUAUGGCCUCCACUGCAGGCUCUAACACCACCACAGCCUCUAUCACAGGCUCUGAGACCACUAAAGUCCCUAUUAAAGCCUCUGAGACCACUACAGCCUCUACAGCAGGUUCUGAGACCACCAACUCCAUCCCCACAGGCUCUCAGACCACUAUAGUCUCUAUUUCAGGUUCUGAGAUCACCACCACCUCCACAGCAGGAUCUGAGACUACCACAGUCUCUAGUGCAGGCUCUGAGACAACCAUCAUCUUCACUGAAGGCUCUGAGACCACUACAGUCUCUACCACAGGCGCUGAGACCACCAUGGUCUCCACCAUGGGCUCAGAGAUCACCACAAACUCUACCGCAAGCUCUGAGACCACUACAGUCUCCACCGUGGGCUCUGAGACCACCACAACUUCUACUGCAGGCUCUGAGAUCACCACAGUCUCCACCAUGGGCUCUGAGACCACCACAACUUCUACUGCAGGCUCUGAGACCACCACAGUCUCCACCAUGGGCUCUGAGACCACCAUAACCUCUACUUCAGGCUCUGAGACCACCAUGGUCUCAACUUCAGGCUCUGGAACCACCAUGGCUUCUACCACAGGCUCUGAGACCACCACCGCCUCUACUGCAGAUUCUGAGACCACUGCAGCCUCUACUACAGGCUCUGAGACCACCAUGGCAUCCAUCAUGAGCUCUGAGACCACUGCAGCCUCUACCAGAGGCUCUGAGACCACCAAGAUCUCCAGUGCAAGCUCUGAGAUGACCACAGUCUUCACUGCAGGCUCAGAGACCAUCACAGCCUCUACCAUGGGCUCUGAGACAACCAUAGCAUCCACCAUAAACUUUGAGACCACUGUAGUCUCUACCAUAGGCUCUGAGACUACCACAGCCUCUACUGCAGACUCUGAGACCACAACAGCCUCUACUGCACAUUCUGAGACCACUGCAGCCUCCACCAUGGGCUCUGAGACCACCACAGUCUCAGCCGCAGGCACUGAGACCACAGUCUCCAUUGCAGGCUCUGAGACCACUGCAGCCUCUGCUAAAGAUUCUGAAACGAACAUAGCAUCUACUGAAGAUUCUGAGAGUACCUCAGCCUCUACUACAGGGUUUGAGACAACCACAGCCUCUACUACAGGCUCUGAGACCACUAUGACAUCCACCAUGGGCUCUGAGACCACUAUGGCCUCUACCAUAGGCCCUGAGACCACCAAGGUUUCCACUGCAAGCUCUGAGAUGAUCACAUUCUCUGCUGAAGGCUCUCAGACUACCACAGCCUCUACCAUAGGCUCUGGGACCACCACAGACUCUAAUACCAGCCCUGAGACCACCACAGCCUCCACCAUGGGCUCUGAGACCACCACAGAUUCUACCACGGGCUCUGAGACCACCACAGCCUCUACUGAAGGCUCUGAGACCACGACAGUCUCUGCCACAGGCUCUGAGACCACCACAGUCUCUACCACAGGCUCUGAGACCACUACAGUUUCAACCACAGGCUUGGAGACCACCGUCACUACCAUUGAAGGCUCUGAGAUGACUAUAGUCUCCACCACAGGUGCUGAGACCACCACAGCCUCUACUGAAGGUUCUGGGACCACUGCAGCCUCCACUGCAGGCUCUGAGACCACCACAGUCUCUACUGCAGAUUCUGAGAACACCACUGCAUCGACUGCAGAUUUUGAGACCACCAUGGCCUCUACUACAAGCUCUGAAACCACCACAGCCUCUACUGAAGGCUCUGAGACCACUACAGUCUCCACCACAGGCUUUGAGACCACCAUGGUCUCUACCACAGGCUCUGAGACUACCAUCACCUCUACUGAAGGCUCUGAGACUACUACAGUAUCUGCCACAGGCUCUGAGACCACCACAGUCUCUACUGAAGGCUCUGAGAACACUACACUCUCCACCACAGGCUCUGAGACCACUAAAGUUUCUAUGACUGGCUCAGAGACCACUACCACUUCUACUGAAAGCUCUGAGAUGACUACAGUCUCUAUCACAGGCUCUGAGAUAACUACAGUCUCCAUCACAGGCUCUGAGACCACCACAGCCUCUACUGAAGGCUCCGAGACCACCUCAACCUCUACUACAGGCUCUGAGACCACCACAUCCUCUACUACAAGCUCUGAGACCACUAUGGCAUCCACCAUGGGCUCUGAGACCAUUAUGGCCUCUACCAUAGGCUCUGAGACCACCAAGGUCUCCACUGCAAGCUCUAAAAUGACCACAGUCUUCACCAAAAACUCUGAGACCACCAUAGCCUCUACCACAGACUCUGAGACCACCACAGUCUCCACUCCAGGCUUUGAGACCAUCCCAGCCUCUACAGCAGGCUCUGAGACCACCAUCACCUCUACUGAAGGCUCUGAUGCCACUACAGUCUCUACCACAGGCUCUGAGACCACCACAGCCUCUACUGAAGGCUCUGAGACCACUACAGUCACUACCACAGGCUCUGAGACCCCAACAAUCUAUAACACAGGCUCUGAGACCACCACAGCCUCUACUGCAGGCUCUGAGACAACCACCACCUCUACUGAAGGCUCUGAGACCACCACAGCCUCUACUGAAGGCUCUGAGACCACUACAGUUUCUACCACAGGCUCUGAGACCACCACAGUCUCUGCUGAAGGCUCUGAGGCCACUACAGUCACUACUAUGGGCUCUGAGACCACCACGGCCUCUACUGCAGGCUCUGAGACCACCACAGAUUCUACCACAGGCUCUGAGACCACCACAGCCUCUACUGAAGGCUCUGAGACCACUACAGUCUCCACCACAGGCUUGGAGACCACCAUGGUCUGUACCACAGGCUCUGAGACUACCAUCACCCCUACUGAAGGUUCUGAGACCACCACAGUCACUACUGCAGGCUCUGAGUCCACAAUAGUCUAUACCACAGGCUCUGAGACUACCAUCACCUCUACUGAAGGCUCUGAGACUACCACAGUCUCUACCAUGGGCUCUGAGACCACCACAGCCUCUCCUGCAGGUUUGGAGACCACCACAGUCUCCACCAUAGGCCCUGGGACCACCACAGCCUCUACUGCAGGCUCUGAGAUCACAACAGUCUAUACCACAGGCUCUGAGACUACCACCACCUCUACUGAAGGCUCUGAGACCACUACAGUUUCUACCACAGGCUCUGAGACCACCACGACCUCUACCACAGGCUCUGUGAUGACUACAGUAUCUACCACAGUCUAUGAGACUACCAUGGUCUCUACCAUAGGCUCUGAGACCACCACAUCCUCUACUGCAGGCUCUGAUGCCACCACCACCUCUACUGAAGGCGCUGAGACCACCAUGGCCUCCACAGCAGGCUCUGAGAUCAGCACAGCCUGUACCACAGGUUCUGAGACCUCCACAUCCUCCAGUGCAGGCUCUAAGACCAACACUGCCUUCAUCAUAGGCUCUGAGACCAUCAUAGCUUCUACUGCAAGCUUUGAGCCCACUGCAACUUCCCUCACAGGCUCUGAGACCACCACAGUCUCUAUCACAGCUUCUGGGGCCACUGCAGCCUCCAUCACUGUCUCUGCCACCACUUUUGUAUCCACCAAGGCCACUGACGUUUCUAUUCAGCCCAUCACCAACACAGCUGUGUCAGGCACUAAGACCACUGGAACCAGACCCACCGCUUCCAGCUCUGUCACCAUGACCUCUGGAAUAGACUCCACGGCCUCUACUGCCAGCCAUAUUGUGCCAGGAAUAGUCCCAAACACCUCCGGCCUGGAUACAUCUACUAGGGGAGCAUCAUCUACCACCUCAGCCCCUGGCGACAGGACCACCACAGGAUCCACCCAUGAGCCAACUAGCAGCACCUCCCAGGAAACAGGCCUAGUGUCCACGGGCACAAACACAGUUAGCAUGAGCCACACGCCCACAAAUGUGAUCAAACCAAGUGGAUAUUUACAGCCCUGGGCUAUCAUCCUCAUUUCCCUGGCUGCAGUCGUGGCUGGUGUUGGAUUGUCAGUAGGACUGAGUUUUUGUCUGAGAGACCUUUUCUUUCCCCUGAGGAACUGUGUUUAUUACCCCCAUGGCCACAGCCAUGGCCUUGGUCUGGACCUGGACUUGGGCCUGGGCUCUGGGACAUUCCACAGCCUGGGAAAUGCUCUGGUUCAUGGAGGAGAACUUGAAAUGGGACAUGGAGGAACACGUGGCUUUGGACAUGGAGUGGGCCAUGGACUGAGCCACAUCCAUGGAGAUGGCUACGGAGUGAAUCAUAGCGGGCAUUAUGGACAUGGAGGAGUGGAUCACAGAGGAAGCCACCAAGAAGGCCAUGGCAGGACAAGAUGGCUGUGGCCAUAG